CCAGCCAGGGUGGAGUUUCAGCAGCCGCACUGCUGAGAGCGGAUAGGGAGGGGAACCGAGAGAAAGUCGCUGUCUGGCCUGUCCCCCUUUGCUAAACAAAAAUUAGCUUCGUCUCGGGGAAUAAUUCAAAGACCACUGACAUUUCUGGUUUUCGGAGCUCGAGGGGCCGCCGGCGGGACUGGAUCGACGCACUCAGCCAGGGAGAAGAAACCCAGAGUUGAUCAUCUGACUGGGCAGGAGGGCCGUCACUCAAACAUUGGUUUACAUCAGGUGUGAGUUGGGUGGUGGUGCAGAGCAGCAAUCAUGGUGGCCCUGUCACUAAAGAUCGGCGUGGGGAACGUGGUGAAGACCAUGCAGUUUGAGCCCUCCACCAUGGUGUACGACGCCUGCCGCAUCAUCCGGGAGAGAGUUCCUGAGGCACAGCUCGGCCAGCCCAAUGACUAUGGACUGUUUCUGUCUGACGAAGACCCCAAGAAAGGCAUCUGGCUGGAGGCAGGAAAGGCCCUGGAUUAUUACAUGUUGAGGAAUGGGGACACUUUGGACUACAAGAAGAAGCAGAGGCCUCUGAAAAUCCGCAUGCUGGAUGGCACAGUGAAGACCGUCAUGGUGGAUGACUCCAAGAUUGUCAGUGACAUGCUCAUGACCAUCUGUGCCAGAAUAGGCAUUACAAACUAUGAUGAGUACUCGCUGGUGCGAGACAUUGGUGAGGAGAAGAAGGAGGAGACCACCGGCACCCUGAAGAGAGACAAGACUCUGCUGAGAGAUGACAAAAAGAUGGAGAAGCUGAAGCAGAAGCUCCACACAGAUGAUGAGUUGAACUGGUUGGACCAUGGCAGGACGUUGAGGGAACAGGGUGUGGAGGAGACAGAAAUGUUGCUGCUGAGGAGGAAGUUCUUCUACUCAGACCAGAACGUGGACUCCAGAGACCCUGUCCAGCUUAACCUGCUCUAUGUCCAGGCCCGUGAUGACAUUCUGAACGGAUCUCAUCCUGUCUCCUUUGACAAGGCCUGUGAGUUUGCAGGCUAUCAGUGUCAAAUUCAGUUCGGUGACCACAACGAGUCCAAACACAAGUCUGGAUUCUUAGAUUUAAAGGAGUUCCUUCCCAAAGAGUACAUCAAGCACAAAGGAGAGAAAAAGAUCUUCCAGGCACACAAAAACUGUCAGAACAUGACAGAGAUCGAGGCCAAAGUCAGCUAUGUGAAGCUUGCCAGGUCUCUGAAGACCUACGGAGUAUCAUUCUUUCUGGUCAAGGAGAAAAUGAAGGGCAAGAACAAAUUGGUGCCUCGUCUGCUGGGUAUCACCAAAGAGAGUGUGAUGAGGGUCGACGAGAAGACCAAGGAGGUGAUCCAGGAGUGGAACCUGACCAACAUUAAACGUUGGGCUGCAUCGCCCAAGAGCUUCACCCUGGACUUCGGAGACUACCAGGAUGGUUACUACUCUGUGCAGACCACUGAGGGAGAGCAGAUAGCUCAGCUCAUUGCCGGUUACAUCGACAUCAUCCUCAAGAAGAAAAAGAGCAAAGACCACUUUGGCCUGGAAGGAGAUGAAGAGUCAACCAUGCUGGAAGACUCUGUGUCACCCAAAAAGUCCACAGUGCUGCAGCAACAGUUCAAUAAAGUGGGCAAGGUGGAGACGGGCUCAGUGGCCCUGCCAGCCAUCAUGCGCUCAGGAGCUGGAGGGCCGGAGAGCUUCCAGAUGGGCUCCAUGCCUCAGGCCAAGCAGCACAUCACCAGUGGACAGAUGCACCGAGGACACAUGCCCCCACUGACUUCAGCACAACAAGCCCUGACUGGAACCAUCAACUCCAGUAUGCAGGCUGUCCAGGCUGCCCAGGCCUCUCUGGAUGACUUUGAUACUCUACCCCCACUGGGAACAGACGCUGCAUCCCAAGCCUGGCGCAAAAACAAGAUGGAUGAGUCCAAACAUGAGAUCCAUUCCCAGGUGGAUGCCAUCACAGCAGGCACCGCCUCUAUGGUCAACCUCACUGCAGGUGACCCAGCAGAGACGGACUACACAGCGGUGGGCUGUGCUGUUACCACAAUCUCCUCCAACCUGACAGAGAUGUCAAAGGGUGUGAAACUGCUGGCAGCGCUCAUGGAGGAUGAGGGAGGAAAUGGGCAGCAGCUUCUGGGUGCUGCCAAGAACCUGGCCUGUGCUGUCUCUGACAUGCUGAAGACUGCUCAGCCUGCAAACACAGAGCCCCGUCAGAACCUGCUGCAGGCUGCUGGAAAUGUGGGCCAGGCCAGCGGAGAGCUGCUGUCUCACAUAGGAGAGACAGACACUGAUCCACAGUUCCAGGACAUGCUGAUGCAGCUGGCUAAGGCUGUAGCUAAUGCUGCAGCAGCUCUGGUGCUCAAAGCCAAGAAUGUGGCCCAGAAGACAGAGGACUCAGCCCAGCAGAACCGGGUGAUUGCUGCAGCCACUCAGUGUGCUCUGUCCACGUCUCAGCUGGUGGCUUGCACCAGGGUGGUGGCUCCAACCAUCAGUUCCCCAGUGUGCCAGGAGCAGCUGAUUGAGGCAGGCAAGCUGGUGGCCAAGUCAGUAGAAGGCUGUGUAGAGGCAUCACAAGGGGCCACCAAUGACGAAGGCCUCCUGAAACAGGUGGGCGUGGCUGCCACAGGUGUCACUCAGGCCCUCAAUGAGCUGCUUCAACACAUCAAACAGUAUGCCAGUGGAGGCCAUCCUAUUGGACGCCACGGAGAAGCCACCGACCGCAUUCUGGAUGUCACAGAGAACAUCUUCAGUUCAAUGGGAGACGCUGGUGAGAUGGUUCGUCAGGCUCGUAUCCUCGCCCAGGCCACAUCUGACCUGGUCAAUGCCAUCAAGAUGGAUGCAGAGGGAGAAUCAGACCUGGAGAACUCACGCAAGCUGCUGUCAGCUGCCAAGCUGCUGGCUGAUGCCACCGCCAAGAUGGUGGAGGCAGCUAAGGGUGCAGCAGCAAACCCUGACAGUGAGGAGCAGCAGCAGAAGUUGCGUGAGGCUGCUGAGGGUCUCCGCAUGGCCACCAAUGCUGCCGCCCAGAAUGCUAUCAAGAAACGGCUGGUCAACAAGCUUGAGAAUGCAGCCAAACAGGCAGCAGCAGCUGCCACACAGACCAUAGCUGCUGCCCAGCACGCUGCCUCGUCCAACAGGAACCAGGCUGCACAGCAGCAGCUCGUCCAGAGCUGCAAGGUAGUGGCAGAGCAGAUCCCUCAGCUGGUACAGGGAGUCAGAGGCAGCCAGUCUCAGCCUGACAGCCCCAGCGCUCAGCUGGCCCUCAUCAGUGCCAGCCAGAACUUCCUGCAGCCUGGUGCUAAAAUGGUUACAGCCUCCAAGGCCACUGUUCCCACUAUCAGUGACCAGGCCUCAGCAAUGCAGCUCAGCCAGUGUGCUAAGAACCUGGCCAGUGCCCUGGCUGAGCUCCGCACCGCCUCACAGAAGGCCCAGGAAGCGUGUGGUCCAUUGGAGAUAGACAAUGCUCUGUCAAUGGUGAGAGAUCUGGAGAAGGACAUGCAGGAGGCCAAGGCUUCGGCUGAGGAGGGCAAACUCAAACCACUGCCAGGAGAGACGCUUGAGAAAUGCUCCCAGGAACUGGGUACCAGCACCAAGGCUGUGAGCUCAGCCAUCGCCCAGCUGCUGAGUGAGGCCACCCAGGGCAAUGAGAACUACACAGGCAUGGCAGCCAGAGAUGUGGCCCAGGCUCUGAAGUCCCUGGCCUCGGCCGCCAGAGGAGUUGCAGCCAACACCGAUGACUCACCAGCGCGCAAUGCCAUGCUGGACUGUGCCGGUGAUGUCAUGGAUAAGUCAGCCAACCUGAUCGAAGAGACCAAGAGGGCCAUCGCUAAGCCAGGAGACGCAGAGAGUCAGCAGAGGCUGGCCCAGGUGGCUAAGGCAGUGUCUCAGGCUCUGAACAGAUGUGUGAACUGCCUUCCUGGCCAGAGGGAUGUGGACAACGCCAUCCGCACUGUGGGCGAAGCCAGCAAGACCCUCCUGGCUGAUUCAUUCCCAUCCAGUGGAAGGAGCUUCCAGGAGGUUCAGGCUCAGCUUAACGAGGUAGCGGCCGGUCUAAACCAGUCAGCCAAUGAGGUGGUCCAGGCAUCCAGAGGGACAACCCAGGACCUGGCCAGGGCCACCAGCAAGUUUGGACAGGACUUCAGUAACUUCCUGGAAGCUGGUGUUGACAUGGCCGGAACAUCCCAGUCUAAAGAGGACCAGACACAGGUGGUGUCCAAUCUAAAGACAAUUUCCAUGUCAUCCAGCAAGCUGCUGCUGGCAGCCAAAGCUCUGUCCACUGACCCCAGCUCCCCCAAUCUCAAAAACCAGCUGGCAGCUGCUGCUCGGGCGGUUACAGACAGUAUCAACCAGCUCAUCACCAUGUGCACUCAGCAGGCCCCGGGUCAAAAGGAGUGUGACAAUGCUCUCAGAGAGCUGGAGUCGGUGAGGGGGAUGCUGGAGAACCCCACAGAAGCCGUCAGUGAGCUGUCGUACUUUGACUGCAUCGACAGUGUCAUGGAAAACUCUAAGGUCCUUGGUGAGUCCAUGGCUGGAAUUUCCCACAAUGCCAAGAACUCCAAUUUGCCAGAGUUUGGUGAUUCAGUCAGCGCUGGCUCCAAAGCCUUGUGUGGUCUGACUGAAGCAGCCGCACAGGCUGCCUAUCUGGUGGGAGUAUCAGACCCCAAUAGUUCAGCUGGUCAGAAGGGUCUGGUGGACCCCUCUCAGUUUGCCCGGGCUAAUCAGUCUAUUCAGAUGGCCUGCCAGAACCUGGUGGAUCCAGCCUGCACACAAUCUCAGGUGCUCUCUGCAGCCACCAUCGUGGCCAAACACACCUCUGCACUGUGUAACGCCUGUCGCCUGGCCUCCUCCAAAACUCCCAACCCUGUUGCCAAGAGGCAGUUUGUCCAGUCAGCGAAAGAAGUGGCCAACACUACUGCCAACCUGGUCAAGUCCAUUAAGGCUUUGGAUGGAGCCUUUAACCAGGAGAACAGAGAGAAGUGUAAGGCUGCCACUGGUCCACUGAUAGAAGCUGUGGACAAUUUGACAGCCUUUGCGUCCAACCCAGAGUUUGCAAGCAUUCCUGCGCAGAUCAGCCCUGAGGGCCAUGCAGCCAUGGAACCGAUUGUGGCAGCAGCAAAGACGAUGCUGGAGAGCUCGACCGGCCUGAUCCAAACUGCCCGCUCUCUGGCUGUCAACCCCAAAGACCCCCCUAAGUGGUCUGUGCUGGCAGGACACUCCAGGACUGUAUCUGACUCCAUCAAGAAACUCAUCACCAACAUGAGAGAAAAGGCUCCUGGCCAGAGAGAAUGUGAUGACGCUAUUGAGGUGCUGAACGGCUGCAUCCGUGAGGUUGAUCAGGCUUCUCUGGCUGCCAUAAGCCAGCAGCUAACACCCCGAGAAGACAUCUCCAUGGAGACUCUCCAUGAGCAGAUGGCUGCUUCAGUCCAUGAAAUCAGUAACUUGAUUGAUCCUGUAGCUGUGGCUGCUCGCUCGGAGGCCUCCCAGCUGGGACACAAGGUAUCUCAGAUGGCCAGCUACUUUGAGCCCCUGAUCAUGGCAGCCAUUGGCACAGCAUCCAAGAUCCUCAGCAGCCAGCAGCAGAUGGCUGUCUUAGACCAGACCAAAACCCUCACAGAGUCAGCCCUGCAGAUGCUCUACACUGCCAAGGAGGCUGGCGGAAACCCCAAGGCAGCACACAUGCAGGAGGCCCUGGAGGAGUCAGUGCAGAUGAUGAAAGAAGCAGUAGAUGACCUGGGCGCCACUCUGGCUGAAGCUGCCAGUGCAGCAGGAGCUGUGGGUGGCAUGGUUGACUCCAUCAAUGAUGCUAUUAAUAAAAUGGAAGACACACCUGCACUUGAACCUGAAGGCACCUUCGUGGAUUACCAGACUACCAUGGUUAAGACAGCCAAGGCCAUUGCUGUCACUGUACAGGAGAUGGUGACAAAAUCUAACACCAACCCAGAUGACCUCGGAGGAUUGGCCAACCAGCUGACUAAUGAGUUUGGAAAUCUGGCAAAUGAAGCUAAAUAUGCAGCCAUGACUGCAGAGAAUGAUGAAAUUGGUUCUCACAUUAAGAAGCAGGUGGGUGAGCUGGGUUUCAGCUGCACAGGUCUGGUGACCAAAGCUGGAGCUCUGCAGUGCAGUCCCAACGACUCGUUCACCAAGAAAGAACUGAUUGAAAGCGCCCGCAAAGUCUCUGAGAAGGUCUCCCAUGUGUUGGCGUCCCUGCAGGCAGGAAACCGUGGCACCCAGGCCUGCAUCACAGCAGCCAGCGCUGUGUCUGGAAUCAUCGCCGACCUCGACACCACCAUCAUGUUUGCCACUGCUGGUACUCUAAACAGAGAGAACGCAGAGACAUUCGCUGACCACAGAGAAUGCAUCUUGAAGACAGCUAAGGCUCUAGUGGAAGACACCAAGCUGCUGGUGUCCGGUGCUGGAGCCAGUCAGGAGAAACUGGCCCAGGCUGCCCAGUCCUCAGUGACCACCAUCACCAAACUGGCUGAUGUGGUCAAACUGGGAGCUGCCAGCCUUGGUUCUGAAGAUCCAGAGACCCAGGUGGUCCUGAUCAAUGCAGUGAAAGAUGUGGCCAAAGCUCUGGCUAACCUCAUCAGCACCACCAAAGCAGCUGCAGGCAAACCUCACGACGACCCCAGCAUGCUGCAGCUUAAGAACUCCGCUAAGGUGAUGGUGACCAAUGUAACAUCCCUCCUGAAGACGGUGAAGGCAGUGGAGGAUGAAGCCACAAAGGGGACCAGAGCUUUAGAGGCCACUAUUGAACACAUCAAACAGGAGCUAGCUGUGUUCAGCAGUUCUGACCCACCACCAAAGACAACCACACCAGAGGAGUUCAUUCGCAUGACUAAAGGAAUCACUAUGGCAACAGCAAAGGCAGUGGCUGCUGGGAACUCUUGUCGUCAGGAAGACAUCAUUGCCACAGCCAACCUCAGCAGAAGGGCCAUCGCUGACAUGCUGCACUCCUGCAAGCAAGCUGCCUACCACCCAGAGGUCAGCAAAGAGGUCCAGAUGAGAGCUCUGCGCUACGGCAAUGAAUGUGCUUCUGGAUAUCUGGGACUGCUGGAGCAUGUGUUGGUGCCGAUCAUCCAGAAACCCUCUCAUGAUCUGAAGCAACAGUUGGCCAGCUACUCUAAGCGGGUUGCAGGCUCCGUCACUGAGCUCAUCCAGGCUGCUGAGGCCAUGAAAGGCACAGAGUGGGUGGACCCUGAGGAUCCCACCGUCAUUGCAGAGAACGAGCUGUUGGGAGCAGCGGCAGCUAUUGAAGCAGCUGCCAAGAAACUGGAGCAGCUGAGGCCCAGGACCAAACCCAAGGAGGCAGAUGAGAGCUUGAACUUUGAGGAGCAGAUUCUGGAGGCAGCCAAGUCCAUCGCAGCUGCUACCAGUGCUCUGGUCAAAGCUGCUUCAGCAGCACAGAGGGAGCUGGUGGCUCAAGGGAAGGUGGGAGCGAUCCCAGCCAAUGCGGUGGAUGAUGGACAGUGGUCUCAGGGGCUGAUUUCCGCUGCUCGAAUGGUUGCUGCAGCAACCAACAACCUGUGUGAGGCAGCCAACUCUGCGGUGCAGGGACACGCCAGUGAGGAGAAGCUCAUCUCGUCAGCCAAGCAGGUGGCAGCCUCAACCGCUCAGCUGCUGGUGGCCUGCAAGGUCAAGGCUGACCAAGAUUCCCAGACAAUGAAGAGGCUCCAGGCUGCUGGAAAUGCUGUGAAGAGAGCCUCUGAUAACCUGGUGAAAGCGGCACAGAAAGCAGCGUUCGAUGCUCAGGAUGACCAGGCCGUGGUGGUCAAGAGUAAGAUGGUGGGAGGUAUUGCUCAGAUCAUCGCUGCUCAGGAGGAGAUGCUGCGGAAAGAAAGGGAGCUGGACGAGGCCAGGAAGAAGCUGGCCAUGAUCAGACAGCAGCAGUACAAGUUCCUUCCCUCAGAGCUGCGGGAGGAUGGCCAGGAACAGUGAGAGAGUGUGCGUGUGUGCCAGCACACACAUCAGUAAUGCAACAGUGGCCCAUGGAACGCUCAGGACCUUCCCCCAGCUACGUGUAGAGAGAGGAGGCUUCAUGCUUCAGUAGAAACCUAAUAUGACCUAAUAGGCAGAUUGACUCCAGUUCCACGAUGAUGUAUCAGGAUGGUUUUUAUCAAUCUGUUUCUGUAUUUCAUUUUCAAAGUCAAAUACGUAAUAAUGCCAAUAAUUAUGAAUUUUGAUUAUACUGAAAUAUAAAUGCCUUAAGUCCUUAUUAAGGCAUCUAUGCUUCUGAUUAUAAAUGUUCUUAUACUUUUCCCUCCGUUUUUGUCUGCAGUGCAUGUCUUCAUUGUGUACAUGUUGUGUGGCUUCGUAAAAUGACAAAGCCCUGCUAGUAAAUUCUGCCUUCCCUGUUAGAACGUGUUAGAUCUUAGAGAUAUGAAGGCAAGCACAAUUUAUGCUUCUAUGCAAAUUAUGCCUUAUGUAUGCAAAUAUUCUAUGCAGAUGUGUUUUUGUAUGUGUGUGAACACAUUUAGAGGCAAUGAGCCUUGAUGUGUAAGGUCUGUGGUCACAUGACAAUGAUGAUGUUCAGUAUGUUACUUUUCAUACUGUUUAAAUCUGAGAUAAGGAUAAUUAAAUAAAAUGUUGCCUUUUUUAAGUUUAGAUUCGGAAAAAUUAAGUUUGCGAUGGAACAAAUCAAAGUGGGAAAACGUUAUUUUUUUAAAGGUUGAGCUAUGAAAUGUAUUAAAAAGAUAUCUUCCAGUAAUAUCUGAAUAGAAGUUUUUUGUGUUAGUAUUUGGAUUGAAGAAGCUGCAGCAUUUAGGCCUGGAUUAGAUUAGAGGACUUCUUUGUGUAAAGAAUAUGAAGCCAUAUUUUUAACUUACUUUAACAAGACAUUUGACAUCAUAUUGACUGUAUUUGGGUGUUCAGUGUUCAUUGACUCACUCCAGCAACAUGUUACCUGUGCCAUAUUAGUGUCUGACGCAAUGCUUAGUACUCUCAAGAGAAUUCCUGUCACAGUACAAUCUGAAUAUGCUUGUCUGAGGUAUACAUGUUUGUGCUACCUAAUGUCUUCCUGUGAGAUAUAAAGUAGAUAGAGUUUAGAUUAUUGCUGAUUACCAAGGGCCUAAUGUUAGCUCACUCUUUGUUCCCCGUAUAUCAGUGUUUAUAAAGUGCCUUCUAAAUGAAUUUGUAAGUAUAAGUAUCUGAAACCAACCAUUUACCUUUAAAGUGCACUUAAUCCAUAACUCAUUUCAAUAACAUUGAAUAACAAAACCUCAUUUAAAUCCACACUUACACCACAAGUAUCUUUAUUUUCUUUGACACAUAAUUUUUAGAACAAACAGAACAGUAUGCCUAAUAUAAAAAUUACUGUAAUCAUACAAAGGCUUUUUUCUUUUGUUCACAUUUUUGACUUAGCUGUGGUAUAAAUGUAAUGCUGGUGUACAGCAGUACCACCUCAUUGGCACUGUAAUAGAGAUUUAUAUUCAAUAAAGCCAGU